GCUGAUUGGGCGGUCCUUCGGGAGGAACAGCGUCGAGUUGUCUCCCCUGCUUCACAUGCGAGGACCGCAGAUUUCAAACAUGAAGCAUUUUGGAGCGCUGUCUGUGUUUUUACUCAUCUGCAUUCUCUACAUUGAACCGGGAGUUUCCGGGACGUCUCACCCGAAACCGUCUUGCCGUUACCCGCCGUCUCAGUGGUGUCGGUCCCUGGAGAUCGCGAUAUCAUGCAACGUCCAGAAACAGUGUAUGGAGCUGAAUGCUACCAGAACAAACCAGGCUGCUCCUCCAGUCUCUGUCACGCUGUACUAUGAGAGUUUGUGUCCAGACAGCAGAGUCUUCAUCACCCAGCAGCUCUUCCCCACCUGGACAAUGCUGCAGGACAUCAUGACCGUCACUUUGGUCCCCUACGGGAACGCUAUGGAAAACCCAUCAGCAAGUUCUCCCUUCAUCUGCCAGCACGGAGAGGCUGAAUGCAGAGGAAACCUGAUUGAGGCCUGCAUGAUCCAUUUAACGGGACCCUCAGCCUUUCAGAUCAUCUACUGCAUGGAGUCUGCUGAAAAUGUUCUCAACGCUGCCCAGCCUUGUCUCCAGUUGUAUGCUCCCGCCGUCUCCUGGUCGAGUGUCGACGCCUGUUCGAGGGGAGGUCUGGGACGCCAGCUGAUGCACGCGUACGCGGCCAUGACCAGAGCGCUGCACCCGGCUCACACGCACGUCCCCUGGCUCACCGUCAACGGGGAAUACACUGAGGAGAAUGAGGACAAGGUGUUGUCGUCUCUCUUCCACUUUGUUUGCAGACUCUACAAGGGGGUGAAGCCUCCGGUCUGUACUGGCGCCCAAGUAAGAUUGAACAGAAGCUUCUGCUGAACACAACAAACUUUACCAUGUAAGAACUGCAUAAUGUACCAGAUAACAUAAUUCUAUUAACAUGUUUUUGCUUGUUUCUCAAUGCGAGUGAGAUCGGAUUUAAAAGUGGAAUAAGUCUGUCUUGUUUGAAACUGUAGUUAACAUAAUUUACAGAACCGAAGUCUGUAAUAAAUGAUAAAGAAUAAAAACAACCAGCCUGAA